ACACGCAAAGACUCUGCGAUGCUUAAGUUUGUAGGAGUGUAAAUGCAUCUAUGGUGUCAUCUUUGACAUUUCCAGCCAGAUUCACGAGGACUGCAAGUGAAGCGAGCCAGUCCCAGAUGUGAUCGACCACACGCAGUCUGCUGAUGGACCCCGUGGCAUAUGUUAGUUCCCCACCACCAGAGAGAUGAUGGCAGAGAAACAGCACCGAUUUAAGACAAGAGUGCUUUCAACUUUUAACUUAAAUCAGAUUUUUUUUUUUAAAGAGUUGGCUCCACUCGCUGGUUUUGUAUUAAAAUCACAGCAGACAUGAUCUACUUUGUGAAAGAAAAAGAAAAGAAAAGAAAAAGAAAGAAAGAAGGGUGAUCCAAAGUUUUGCCACCCCGCGGGGAACGACGCGAACUGCAGCUGUGGCUCAAAGCCCGGAUGGAGCAGCAGCCAUUGGGGAAGUGUACAGGGCUUUAACGUAACUGUGGAGGGCUCUCUCUCUCUCUCUCUCUCUGGAAUAAUAAAGACAAAGUAAAAGGCGGCCGAGGAUAGACAUACUCAAGAUCCGAAUCAUCCGCUCUGCGACACACAACAUUAACUUGAAAAACCUGUACCGGGACUUGACUCUUUCUUUUUUUUUUUCUCGGGCACGGUAUCCGAGGCGACAGACUUGAACUGUGGAAGUUGGGAUACGUGCACACAGCGGAAAAUAUACAGCUGAGCCUGCGCUACAACUGCUAGCCCACACGCUAAGCUAGCCACAUAGCUAACUGUAACUGAGCUGUGAACUUGCUUUUUUCAAAAUCACGGGGCUUGAAAUCCAGUCACAAGCCCAGGCUCUGUGAGAAUCCAGGGACUUGCUUAAUGAAUUAUGUCUGCCACAAGCAUUGACCCUCAGAGAUCAAAAGGACAAGCGUCUAAAGUGCAAAAUGGUUCACUACAUCAGAAGGAGACUGUCCAUGACAAUGACUUUGAGCCAUACCUCACUAGUCAAUCAACUCAGAACAACAGCUACCAGUCCAUCACCGACCCCUACCUGUCCAGCUACUACGCCCCCUCCAUUGGAUUUCCAUACCCCCUCAGUGAGGCUCCUUGGUCCACAGGUGGGGACCCCCCGAUUCCAUACCUGACCCCCUAUGGACCCUUGAGCAAUGGAGACCAUCACUUCAUGCCAGACACAGUGUUUGGCCAGCCUGGGGGCCUGGGAAGCAGCAUCUACCCCCACAGGUUUAACUUUUUCCCCGAAAACCCUGCCUUCUCUGCUUGGGGCACAAGUGGCUCCCAGGGCCAGCAGACUCAAAGUUCAGCCUAUGGUGGCAGCUACAGCUAUCCCCCCAGCUCCCUGGGGGGCACCCUGGUGCCUGAUGGGCAGACUGGCUUUCACAGUGACACCCUCAACAAAGCCCCUGGUAUGAACAGCCUGGAGCAGGGGAUGGUCGGCUUAAAGAUCGGUGGGGAUGUCACUGGCCAGGGGUCUGGAGUCAAGGCUGUGGGAUCUGUGAUUGGUGGACCUGCAGUGGCAGCCGCAGGUAAUGGAGCCACACCUAUUGGAAUGCCCCCACCGAAACCCACCUCCUGGGCUGCCAUUGCCAGCAAGCCCGCCAAACCACAGCAGCUGAAAGCUAAGGUGAAACCAGGGAUGCCCAGUCCAGGGGGUGCUCUUCCUCCACCACCCAUCAAACACAACAUGAACAUUGGUACCUGGGACAAGGGCCCAGUGACUAAAGUAGCCACAGCCCCACUGCAGCAACAGCAGCAGCCUCUUGGCCUACUGCCACCUCAAGGCCCCAUGCAGCAAGGACCCAUGCAGCCUCCCCCUCAGUCUUUGGUGCAGCAGCAGAUGCAGCCUAUGGCCUUACAGCCCCAACCCCCCCAUCACCAGCACCACCAGCCACCACCUCAGCCCUACCAAAACCACACUCAGCCUCCACAACCCCAGACCCGUUGGGUUGCCCCACGCAACCGUAACCAAGGCUACGGGCAGGGUGGUCCCGGUCAAGACGGUAGUGGUAUGAUGGGAAUGGUUGGUGGUGGGAACAGUGGACCCCUAACUUCUGCUAGCCAGGGACCUGGUGCGGAGUCCCACCCAGUGCUGGAUAAGCUGCGUGCCUCCCAUAGCUACAACCCCAAGGAGUUUGAAUGGAACCUGAAGAAUGGUCGCGUUUUCAUCAUAAAGAGCUACUCCGAGGACGAUAUCCAUCGCUCCAUCAAGUACUCCAUCUGGUGCAGCACGGAGCACGGCAACAAGCGGCUGGACUCAGCCUUCCGGGCCAUGAAUGCUAAAGGUCCGGUGUAUCUGCUGUUCAGUGUCAAUGGCAGCGGUCAUUUCUGCGGUGUGGCAGAGAUGCGCUCACCAGUGGACUAUGGCACCAGUGCUGGUGUUUGGGCACAGGACAAGUGGAAGGGCAAGUUUGACGUGGACUGGUUGUUUGUAAAGGACGUGCCUAACAGCCAGCUGCGCCACAUCCGCUUGGAGAACAACGACAACAAGCCGGUGACCAACUCUCGUGACACCCAGGAGGUUCCUCUGGAGAAGGCGAAGCAGGUGCUCAAGAUCAUUGCCACCUACAAACACACCACCUCCAUCUUUGAUGACUUCUCCCAUUAUGAGAAGAGGCAGGAAGAGGAGGAGGAGGUGCGCAAGACCUUUGAACCUCCUCAGAUACAGAACCGCUCUCGGUUGGAUCAGGAGCGCCAAAACAGGAAUAAACAAUAGAAGACAUUUAUCCUUGGCUUGAUCAACAGUUACACUAGGACUUUUGAUUUAAGAGACAGAAGAAUAUGAAAAUGCAAACAAGCCCUACAUUUUUUUUUCUAUUUAAUCCUGGCGAAUCUCUGCCAUUGUUGAGACUUGUGCUUUUUUUGCCCCAUGUACCACCCACUUCUUGUGCAGGGAUAACAAGCUGAUUUAAUGUAUUACCUAGCCACCACCACACUCUUUAUUUGAGGUUUUUUAGACAUUUUUCUUCCCGUUCCAUCUCGUACUCUUCUCUCAACAGACUGGUUUUCUCCCUCCUGCCCCUAACCCCCCCCCCCCCCUCCUCUUUCCAAUUGAAUCAGGGUUUGACUGCACCAUGGAGAAAAAAAUCUGCCACUUUAUAUUUCAGUACAAUCAGGAACGGAUGUGUCCUGCCCCUGUUUGUCCAUUUGGGGGCAACAUUGCCAUGCUUCAGAGGUUUAACUGUGCCAACAGGGUUGGAGGAUCCCAAAGGCAAUGUAGGACUUGGAUCUGUGCGAUAAUAAAACUUCAAUGGUUUAUCUAUUUUUCAUUCAGAUCGACAAAAUCUCUAUUUUUUGGCUUACUACUGACAAUUUUCAUUUCAGAAACCUGUUUUCUGGAGCCUUAAUGUUUUUUUUCUAAUUAUUGGUGACUUCUCAAAAAGAACUGCUCAAACAGUGACACUGCUGGAGAAAUCAGGGAUAGUGUGAAGUCACACGGGACUUGAGACAUUUCUGAGGAGGAAUUGCAAAGGCCUCUGGGAAAGAAAUAAUGGAUGUGUCCUCCACAACCAGAACUCUCACCAUAUAAGUCAAAAAUUGUACUAUUGACAUCCUUCACGCCCCUCUGCUUUGCGUUCUUUCGAUGUUUGUCUUGAAAGGGGUCUUUUGUAUGUUUGAUCAGGAGAUUCUGCUUGUGUACGCAGCCCAGUCUGAGAGAAUUGUCGCAUCCACCAUUUUAAAUUGUUUUAUAAUCAGAGUUAUGUAAUGAUGUAACUACUACAUUGAAUGAAUUGUUGCUUUUGCAUUUUUUUUGUUCCACAAAAUGGGGGGAGGGUUCACGUAAUUGUCCAUUCACCAUCAAUCUGUCUUAAUCCUGUUUUUUUUGUUUUUUGUUUUUUUUUUCAUCGAAUUUGGUUUUGCUAAGUCUAUCAUGUUGGUCGUAAUGCUAAGCUUUAACGUAGGAGCCUAUAUAUUCAUGGAGAAAGCCUAAAAAUGUAUAACCUAAAAAAUUAAUGUAACUGAUUUACUAUCGAGUAAGAAAAGAAAACAUAAGAAUGAAAUGUGGUUUCUGUGUGUUUUUUGGUUGGUGCAAAAAAAAAUAGUUUGUUAUAGACUGAAACCAUUGAUUAUGAUGAAGUACUUUUCAGGGCUGUUAAUGGAUUUAAAGAAAAAAAAGAUUGGAUAUUAAAAAAAGGAAACGUCACUAAUAGAUGUGUGUUCCCAUGCAUGGCAAGCUAGAAUCUAGAAAGUCUGCUGGAAAACAAACGAUUAUUCACCCUGCAGCUCGUCUGUGAGGUGAGAGUGGUGAUGUUCAACAGUUCUUUAAAGAACGGGGCUCCCCCUGUUCUCGUGUCAGUCUUUUCAGAGCAUUCAAAGCCAGAAAUCUAUUUUUUUGUUUUUAUUUGUUAGUAUUUGAGUUCAUUGAGCUCACUCCCCUUGAUUAGUUUGGAAGUGUCCCUUCAGUUGGCCUUGUUUUGUUUGGAUUGCGGGGUUACUGUGAUGCAAACGCGAGUGCCAACAGACUCGGUUCUCUUUCAUGUAGAGGUUUUCUUCUCGUUCUGACUCUUUUUGUGUGUAUUCGAUGUAGCAUCAUGGUAACGUAAAUCAAAUAUUUCAGAUCCCGAUUCGCCAAUUUUCUUUUGGGUUUGGUCUUUUCAGGUUCUGUCAGUUUAUGCUCUAUGAUCUAUUUUGGCUUCUGUCACGUUUUUACCCCCCUUUAUAUUGUUGAGAUGGCAGAAGUGCUGCACUUUGCUGAGUUCACUCGAGUGUUGAGAAUGAACCUCUGGCUUCACACAUUUCCAGAUGUGUGAAGCUGCGUUUUUUUUUUUGUUUUUUUUUUUGUUUUUAAUUUAUUUUUGUUUUGUUUUUUAAAAUCCUGGCCAGUGUAACCCUUUGUACUGACCUCUAACAGGAUCCUUUGUUCAUCUCCCUUUUUGCCCCCCUGCAUUAAUCAAUAGCUAGGUUGAUCCAAGCAAUAUAAGGUGAAAACGCCCUUCACACGUUUGCUUUCACCGACACUGCUCACCCCAACUAGCGUAGAGUCGAGGGGGGAGUGAGAGAAAAGCUAAAAUGAUGCCACCGAAGACUUGAGUCGCAGCCACAGCCAUCUUUUGCCUCAGGAAGCAUGAACAGGUUGUGAUUACAGUUAUAGGGCAUACGUGCACGUUUAAUGACAAUGUUUGUUGCAGUAGGGGGGGAUGUCAGGUCAGCCGUGAAAGUAUAUGUAUCAACACCACAGAAGGAUUAAUGAGAUGAAAACUAUUAAGUAAACAUUGAUUAUCUUCUAGACCACACUUGUAGUGGGAAAUAACUUGUUCAGAAGAUCUAUCUUGGUUUUUCCUUUAUAGAAGAAAUCAAGCCUUAAUAAACUGUCCACUCAGAAACCA